AUGGAUUUCUUAAAGAUGCUAACCCCCUACACAGCCAUUGAUUUCUCUGGAAACAAACUUGGAGGACAGAUUCCAGAAUCCAUAGGUCUCUUGAAGUCAUUAGUUGCGUUGAAUUUAUCAAACAACGAUUUCGCAGGUCAGAUUCCGUCGUCUAUGGCAAAACUCACAGAGCUGGAGUCACUAGACUUAUCUCGAAACCAACUUUCCGGGAACAUUCCACAAGAGUUAACGAACCUCUCCUUCUUGGCGAUCCUUGACGUGUCAUAUAACAAACUAACGGGACAAAUACCACAGGGUAGACAGUUUAAUACCUUUACGGAAUCCUCCUUUGAAGGGAAUAUCAACCUCUGUGGUCCUCCUCUUCAGAAGAGUUGCUCAGGAGCAGCACCUGACUUGAACUCGAAAGCCGCCACGAUAGACUAUGGGCCUACCCUGAUCCUGAUGAUGUUGUUUGCACUAGGAAUCGGACAUGACGUUAUUGCUGCAUACAUACCAACGUUGUUCAUAUGA